AUUUUAAGCGAAAAGUAAUGCAACCGGUGGUCAGCAGGAUUACCACAGAUAUAAUGAUCAGUAUGGUACUAGUAGACAAGGUGGAUAUAAUAAUGGCUACAAGAAAUGUGAGUCACAGAACCGACACUCUGGUUAUGGAAAUCAACACAAUUUUUCACUUCAUUAUCAAAAUUAUGGUUAUGAAAAUCAACAAAAUAAUUCACUUGGUUGGCAUCAGCAAGAUCGUGGUUCUCGCAGCCAUUCAUUUAAUAAAGGUCGGGGAGGGAAGCACAACCAGCAAUACAGCCAGCCACAACGCAAACAAGAGCAUUCAACAUCCACACAGGAGAUGCUAAGAAUGUUGACUUGUGAUAAAUGUAAGGAAGCUUUCAAUCAUUUGAAGAAGAUACCAAAAUCUCUACAUUGUGGACAUACAUGUUGCACAGAAUGUGCUCAACAGCUAUUAAACAACAGUGAGAUUUCUUGCCCCUUUUGCAAGAAAAAAACCUAUAAUGUUCGUUGCGCAAGGAACCUUGCAUGUAACCAAAGCAUUUUAAAGUUAAUCCCAAAAAUAACGGAUAAAGCUAUUGUAACUGUCAGCAGGACUGAUAGCCCAGUAAACCAGUUGAAUGUUUCUAAAGUGUCUCUCAUGGGAGAGCAUUAUGAAAAGCCAGUAAUGACAAGAGACAAAAAACAGAGUAUGCAGUUCCCACGUCAAAAUGACUCCAGAAGAGAAUUUAACAUUAUGUCACCCCAUAACAGUCAAUGUUUAGGAGCUGGAGUGGAUCCAUCUGCAUAUUGUACUAAAUGUCAGCAGUGGAUUUGUGAUGUGUGUAGAAAAGUUGAUCAUCAUGAAACAAGAGGCUGUAUCCUGAAUCCACUCAAAGAAACCAUAACAAAAAUGAAACAAAAGCAUGAAAAUAAUUCAUCCUCAGCUUGUGAAACCCUUAAUGGAUCAGUGAAGGAACUUAAGAGUUACUGUGAUCAACUUGAUGGUCUGCUUUUAUCUAUGCGUGCAGCAUUUGAAUGUAUUGGGGCUGAGCAUGAAGAUCUCAAAAAGGCUGUACAAGAAGGCACACAGAUGGAAAGGAAUCUGAAAGAUUUAGUACUUAAAUCUCAGUCAUCUAGAAAUCUUUCUGAAACAUUAGCAAAUUUCAAGGAUAUUGAAAAUUGUUGUGUUACAUCACAAGAAUGGAUGUCUAAUGUCAUGUCUCAAGUCAGCGGUAGUAAUACAGUGAAGAAAGUAGCUAAGGAUCUCAUUUGCAUGACACUUAAGUCACUCAGAACAUCUGCAUCAGAGAAUGGUGAGGUUAACCAAAUAGUAGCUUGCCAUGAAUCUACCACUACCAGGUUUUCAGUCUUGACAGUUGAGGGUGGUCGAAUUCAUUUACAUUGUUUAACCAGCAGCACACCUGGACAGGCCACUCAAAAGUUACCGUUGGAGUGCUUCACAUCCUGUAUGAAUACUACUUCAUCACUCGUAUUCAUUAACCUUUCCUGGGGUGGUUCUACUCGUGGUCGAGUUUAUAUUCGGCUGACAGGUGAUACAGUAAGAGGCCGUCAGUUUCUGAAGCUGUGCACUGGAGAGAUGGGCCCUUCCUUCUGCAACACCAACUUUCACCGUGUUUGGUGGAAGGGCUACCCAGGUGAAAGCAUAUGGGGGGGUGAUUUUGAACAUGGAGAUGGUAGUGGAGAAGUAACAUUCACCAGUGGCUUAGAUAGUGAACAAACGACUGCAUUGAGUCGAUCAGUUCCCAUCAUAGCUGGGCUAGUUGCUGGGCGAUAUGAAAAGAAAAAUACCAGUUCUAUUUUUCGCAUUUACACAAUGGACUCAAAGAAUUGUGUGGAGGAAGCUGCGUUUGGUCAAGUUGAAUUUGGUCUUGAUGUAAUACAGAACGCUGUCAAGCAUAGCAACAUAAGUGAUGUAGUAAUAUCUGACUGUGGUAUCGUUAUGGAAUUUUGAGAAUUUGCAAAAAUUGGUACCUACAAUAUAUAAGGUCUGUUUGCAGGUAGAGUCUUCAAUUUAUAACUGGUCUGCCAAUGUGGUUUUUGCCUUUCGAUGACCAGGUUUUGGUGUGAUCAAAAUGUCCAAGAUUGUAGUGCAUUUAAAGAAUACCUCAUCUUUCCACCUCUCCAAAUGUGUUUCUUUAAUGCAUUGCACAUUUAAUUUCAGUAUAUUUUUAGGCACCUAUAUUUUACUGUAGUGUGAUGAAAACAUCAUAUUUUUGCUCAAGAUUUAUACAUACCGUACUUAUACUACACUGUGAGCUUUACUGUUGAUGUCCUAACACUCCCUAGAUCACUCGUUGAAGAAAGUGGUCUUCCUUGUACAGUAGGGCCCCACUUAUACGGCAGGUUAGGUUCCAUAGCAUAUAAACAUGCUGUUUAUAUGCUAUGGAGGUGUGGUUGCCGGGUGGAGGGAAAACAUUACAUAAUACUAAUAAUAAUCACUCUUGGGCACAUUAAAUGUCUUAUUUUACAUUAAUAUAGACAAAUAUAGACAUUUUCAUUAACCCAUCUAUUAUAUAUUCUUCAAAAUUAUAUAAGAAACAAGUUACGUAACAUAUAAACAUUUUGUUUAUAUACUAUGGAGAUGUGGUAGCCGGGCGGAGGGAAAACAUUAUGUCACUCCCCUUAAUACAUAACACUUUUGUUUACAAUUCUCCGCUUGAAUUAUUCAUUACUUCUCCCUUUGUUUAUGAUGGCAUCUAAAGGUAGUUGUUAUAAACGAUUAAACUCCGUGAACAUGGUAUGUUGAUGGUAAUAAUAUGGCUCUGGGCCACAUUAAAUAUCGUGUAGUUAUGUAGGUAGGUGUAGGUAUGUAGCCCAGGUGGACUAUAUACCUACAUUAUUAUUAUAACUGAUAAUUAUACGUAUGUGUACCUGUACCUAAGUAAACUUACACACUGUGCUGGCAUGCAGGUACACAUUAAAAUCGCUAAGUGUCUUAUUAGUCUUGAAGAUGCCAUAUUAAUCAUGAUAAUAAUAAUAAUAAUAAUAAUCACUAAGGAGCAUUAACUAUCGUAUAAAAUGUUAAUAUAAACAUUUUGCUUAAUCCAUCUAAAUACACCCCACAGUAGAAUAAAUUAACAUAAAUAUGAGAUGUGGUAGCCAGGCAACUUGUAGGACUUGUGGUAGCCAGGCAACUUGUAGUCUAACAUCAGAGAAAAUGUGUACACUAUAAUAUUACUGGGGGUAGCUGGAAAAUUAUUCCUUUCGUAUGCCUUCGCUCAGGGUGUCAUUUCUUCUAAAAAUAAUGUUACAUGAGAAUGGGAGUGUUUCUCUUUAUUUAUUCUACUGUAUCAACAUGGAGACAACUUGCAUACAGUGUAAAGUGACGAUAACCAGACGUGUUUGUCUGGAUUGUUUACAUUGUGUGGGUGGGGUGGGGUUGGGAGGGCUGCCCUUCCUGGCUACCCAUACUUACCAACCUGACAUCAUACAAAUAAAACUCACCUCUCACUCUACAUUAAGACUACAAAUAUUUCAAGGUAAUUAAUGAGUGUACUAUAUAUGCAUUUUAUUGCUCUAGGGAGCUUAAUGUCAUAGUAGGUAUAAGUGGCCAGGCAGAAUGCCAUACCUCCCACACGACUUUGUACAAAUAAAUACUUUUCACCUCUUGCCCUACAUUAAGACCAUUAAGACUACAAAUAUUUUAAGGUAAGUAAUGCAUGUGCUGUACAGGUUCCAUCCAACUUACGACCAAGCUUGGUUCCAACCAAAAUGGACGUAAGUCGAACCUUACUACUGAAUAUCAACAUCACACUUUUGUAAUGAUUUUAUUUUAUUGUUUUAUUUUGGCAUUUCAUUUUUUUCUUUACUUUUUAUGCUGUUAGUACUGUAUUUUAUACUGUAAGGUUUAGGAUAAACACUGUGUACAACUCAAACAGUUGUUUAUUUCCCAGAAAUGUGACAUACAAAACAUGGUCAUAAGUCGAGUGGUCAUAUGUCGAGCAGGUCGUAAGUCGGAUGGUUGGUGUAUAUGUAUUUUAUCGCUCUAGGGAGCUUUAAGCAUCGUAGUAUAGUAUGUGUGGGUGGGGUGGCCAGGAGGGCUACCACACCUGACUACUAUUCACCUUUUGCCCUACAUUAAGACUACAAAUAUAUUUAGGUAAAUAAUGAGUGUACUGUGUGUGUAUUUUACUUUUCAAUGCCUAGUUCUAUUGCUAACUUAAUAUAUGUUAGUGUAAACUUGUUAUCUGGCAUUUAUAUGCAUUUAUAAAUGGAAAAAAUGGAGUUCUGCUUUCCGGCGAAGUCUGCUUUCCUGCAGUAGCCUGGAACCUAACCUGCCAAAUAAGUGGGGCCCUACUGUAACUGUUAUGAGCAUGUUUGUAUUUAUGUAAUAUGGCCCCCUGUAGUCAAAUGCUGUUACAUUGGUAUGAGAUGCCUAAUUGUAUAUAUUACAUUAUUGGCAAAAUUUGUGUCAGUCACUUACACUUUAAUGUUAAUUUAAUAUAGAAGGGCUUCAUGUUUAAAUUUUAUUAUAUUGUUAAUAAAGAAGGGUAAAUUUAUUUAUGACAAAUUACCAUGAAAUACAUUAUAUUGUCUUUUGAAUUAA